AUGGAGGGGGGGACCACUCACAGGCUCGAAGUUGCUCCCUUAUUGGACAACCAUGAAGUGUUUCCUGCCAAAGAUGGCGUCAUCUUUUGUCUUCCCAGCCAGUGGGUCUGUGACGGCUUCGUCGACUGCAAAGUGGGCUCUCUUAAGUUUGCUUUUGAUUUCACUCUUUUAUAUGCAUUAUAUAUCUUCUAUUUUACUUCUUACAAUCAAGUUCCCUUGCCUUGUUCAGUGUGGAAACCUUUGCCCUCAUUUUAUAACAGUGAUUUCCAAACUGUGCGCCGCGACCUCUUUACAGGGGCGCCGCGAAAUAUUGUAAAAGCUUUAUAA